AUGGAUCAACAACCCCCAUUUGGAGCUUUUCCAGCUGGUCCUGGUAGAGGCGUUAAUGGCAUGCGGCCUUAUUACACUCCCGGCAUGACCACUGACAACUACACGACGGUGGCUGGUCAGGCUUCCGGUGCCGUGCCUCAAUACGCGAAUGACUAUGACGAUUUGAUUGACUCACGAGCCGCCGCACGAGAGCUCAUCAAUUUUACUCUUUUGAAAUAUCUUAAUACAGCCGUCAGUAGUCCCUUUGAAGUCUCAAAAACGCUAUUGCAAGUUCAGUACAUGCCGCGUGAAGACGUCCCUACCCCUGUCAUGAUGCUGCCGCAGGAAUCCGAAGCUGACGAUCUUCAUCAGGAGCGCGGAUCGUCUGACGAGGAAGAUGACGGUAAUGCCGACGAUUUUUACGGUACGGGCAGUAGCUCUCGAGGUCAUCGCCGAUUUUCCACAGGCGGCACUCCUUUGCAGACGUCGUCCUUGGACAUUGAUGAUCCAGCUUUCAAAAAAGAGGUUCCCGUAGAUGCCAGCGGUUAUGUUGUGAGUGCCAGCGUUUACGACGACAGCAUGCGUCCUCCGCAUCAAAUCAAACCUAUCGAAAAAGGAGUGUGGCAGGGUAUCAACCGAUUACUGAAGCAUCCCCACGAGGGCAUUCGAUCGCUAUUCAAAGGACAGUAUACAAACUGGCUGUAUGAGAUUAGUCACUUGUUCCUUCAACCUACCCUUGAAGGCACGCUCAACGACAUGUUUGACCUUUACGACGAUACAAUUCCCCUCGUCUAUCUGGAUCGUGCCGGUCCCAACCUUGCUACACUGGUUGCUAGCAAUCUCAUUGUGGGAUUUCUUCUCAGUCCGUUGGAAUUGAUUCGAACACGGUAA